AUGGCCUCAAUAUUCAGCCUGCCAUCCCGACUGUCCAGGAGAUUCCUCCCUUGGCGUCCCUUGUUUCAACGCCCUGCAUCACCAGUACGCGAUUUCUCCCUAAACUAUCCUCUCAUCGAUUCAACCGAGAAGCUCGAGGAGGAGACGCUGUCAUGGUAUUCCCCAAGUGACUUCUAUUCCGUGACAAUCGGCGAGGUAUUUCAAUCGAGGUAUCAGGUGAUUGGUAAAUUGGGCUACGGCGGAUAUUCAACUGUUUGGCUGGGCCGGGACCUCCAGCAGCAUGAUUACGUCACACUCAAGGUCUUUGAACGUAAUUCAGCGGAGGGCCGAAGAGAGAUAGAGACCUAUCACCACUUGAACUCCAUCGGAAUGGUAGAUCAUGCCGGUGCGAAGCUUAUCCGCCAAGCGUUGGAUAGCUUCCAGAUUACCUCUGAAGGGGGUAGUUUUGGAUUUCUUGUCCAUCCCACCUUAGGUAUGAGUCUUUAUGACUUCCGCACGCAGCUCAGAGCCAAAGUCCUUCCCGAAAGAAUAGUCAAGUUGACCCUGAUACAUCUCCUUCUUGCUCUUGAUUACCUGCACACAGAAGCUGGAAUCAUCCAUACGGAUAUCCAAGAAAAAAACAUCAUGAUGGCGAUUGAAGACACUUCGAUCCUAGCCGAUUUUGAAGACGAGGAGAAGUCUAGCCCUAGCCCGCGGAAAAUAAUCGAUGAUCGAAUCAUCUACGCUUCUCGAAACCUUAAGAAGACUAAACAACAUGGCCGUCCUACACUGUGUGAUUUUGGCCAGGCACGCCGUGGAUCAAAUACUUACUAUGGGGAUAUCCAACCAUAUAUUUACCGAGCUCCCGAGGUGGUAUUGCGCAUGGCUUGGAAUGAAAAGGUUGAUAUCUGGAAUGUGGGAUUACUGACAUGGGAUCUCUUUGAACAAGGACAUCUGUUCUACGGGCGGGAUUCGGACAGGGGGAUUUCUGAUGCCCACCAUAUCGCUGAAAUGAUUGCUAUUAUGGGACCACCCCCGAAAGAUAUGGUGCAGGACAGUGUCUAUGCGAACGAGUUCUUCGAUGAUGAAGUAGGGAACUGGAAAGGAGCCGUUGAAAUCCCUCCUGUGUCGUUGGAGACUCUUGAAGGAAAUUUGGAGCGUGAAUCGCGGCUAUUUUUCCUCCAAUUCCUGCGCAAGAUGCUCGAAUGGAAGCCCGAGGAAAGACUGUCAGCAAGAGAGCUAUUGGAAGAUCCUUGGCUAUGGUCACAAUAA